AUGGCUAUACUGUAAUAUACUGUAAUAUAUUUAGUGUAUUGUGUGUGUUGUGUGUGUAUUGAGUUAAAUAGCGAUUUACUGUAUACUGUAGUAUAACAACAAAAAUAGUGAAUAAAAGCCAUAGAGUUGUCAAUUGAAUGUUCAAUGUUUGACAACAUUGGACUCAACACUGAUUUUGGUGACAAUUGGUCUCAAUUUAACUCUACUUUUACUUUCAUUUGGUUUGCAUUUGAUUUGAGUUUGAAUUUAUUUGCAAAGAGUUUACCACUAAGUGAUUGAAUCAAUGAUAUAGUGAUCGACUCAUUGAAUGAUUUGAGCGACAAAUGCAGUGAUAGAUUGGACUCUUCGACAGAUUUUUGUAUUUCAGUGAUUAUCAUCACUUGAGUGACGGAUGCCAUCACUUAAUAGUGAUUGACAGCUAAAUCACUACAACAAUCACUUACUAUAGCAAUUGGCGUUGAAUUAAAUGAUGAGUUCUUUGAAAUCGACCAAAAAAGACACCAAAAUGAGAAUCAGAGCCUUUCCUACUUCGAUGGACGAGAAGUAUGUGCAGAAUAUAUGGAAUUUGCUGAAGAAUGCCAUACAAGAGAUCCAAAAGAAGAACAACAGUGGACUCAGUUUUGAAGAGCUGUAUCGCAACGCCUAUACAAUGGUUUUGCAUAAACACGGAGAGAAACUGUAUAACGGGCUCAGGGAUGUCGUCAAAGAUCAUUUGGUCACAAAGGUUCGCGUCGAUGUCUUGAAUGCAUUGAACAACAAUUUCUUACAAACUUUAAACCUUGCCUGGAAUGACCACCAAACCAGUAUGACUAUGAUUAGGGAUAUACUCAUGUAUAUGGAUCGGGUGUAUGUUCAACAAAACAAUGUCGAUAAUGUCUACAAUUUGGGUUUAAAUUUAUUUCGCGAUCAUGUGGUCCGAUACGGUAAUAUUCGCGACCAUUUGAGGGAAACGUUACUCGAAAUGGUUAUGAGAGAGCGUAAGGGAGAGGUCAUCGAUAGGCUGGCCGUUCGUAAUGCCUGUCAAAUGCUUAUGCAAUUGGGUAUUGAGUCGCGAUCGGUCUAUGAAGAAGACUUUGAACGACCAUUCCUUCAACAGUCCGCCGAAUUUUAUAGAUUUGAAAGUCAAAAGUUUUUGGAAGAAAACAGUGCUUCUGUUUACAUGAAGAAAGUGGAUCAACGUAUUAAUGAAGAGGCAGAGCGGGCCAAACACUAUCUCGACAAAUCCACUGAAGAUGAAAUAGUUCGGGUCGUUGAAGAGGAACUAAUUAGCAAACAUAUGAAGACAAUCGUUGAAAUGGAAAAUUCCGGAGUCGUUCACAUGUUGAAGAACCAGAAGACUGAAGAUUUGUGUUGUAUGUAUAAACUGUUUUGUCGCGUCCCUAAUGGUCUUCAAACAAUCAUUGUUUGCAUCAGUGCUUAUCUUCGAGAACAAGGAAAAGCAUUGGUAACUGAAGAAGAGGCCACUAAAGGCGAUGCUGUUGUCUUUGUUCAGUCAUUACUUGAUUUAAAAGACCGAUUCGAUACCUUUCUUUCGAAUUCAUUUAACGGAGACAAAGAGUUUCUUAAAAUGAUAGCAAAAGAUUUCGAAUAUUUUUUGAAUCUCAACCCUAAGUCACCCGAAUAUCUGUCACUUUUCAUUGAUGACAAACUAAAGAAAGGCGUUAAAGGGAUGACUGAACAAGAGAUCGAACAGGUUUUGGACAAAACAAUGGUUUUGUUUCGUUAUCUUCAAGAAAAGGAUGUAUUUGAACGCUAUUAUAAACAACAUUUAGCUAAACGUCUUUUGCUCAACAAAAGUGUUUCAGACGACUCAGAGAAGAAUAUGAUUUCCAAAUUGAAGACAGAGUGCGGCUGUCAGUUCACAUCCAAAUUGGAGGGUAUGUUCAAAGAUAUCUCUGUUUCCAAUACAAUGAUGGAAGAGUUCAAAUCACACGUCAACUCAUCACAAAUAAAUUUAUAUGGAGUCGACCUGAAUGUACGGGUGUUGACCACUGGUUUCUGGCCAACUCAGUCAACACUAUCCAAGUGUAACAUUCCGACGUCACCUAGAAAUGCAUUUGAAGCGUUUCGUAGAUUUUAUUUAGGAAAACAUAGUGGAAGACAAUUAACACUUCAGUCACAACUUGGUUGGGCUGAUCUCAAUGCUGUCUUCUAUGGCGUUAAAAGAGAAGAAAACUUAACGGAUGCAAACACCAAUGCGUGCUCUUCGAGUUCAACUACCAGUUUCGACAAUACUGUCAGCACUUCAUCAUCUAUGCCACCAACAAACCAAAUCAAUUCAAAUAACACUAAUACUUCAGCAAAAGUUAUUCCUCGAAAACACAUCAUUCAAGUGUCAACACAUCAGAUGUGUAUUCUUAUGCUUUUUAAUACAAGAGAAAAAAUUACUUAUGAAGACAUCGCCAACGAGACUGAUAUUCCUGAAAAGGAUUUGGUUCGAGCACUUCAAUCACUAGCAAUGGGAAAAGCAACUCAAAGAGUGCUCAUUAAGACUCCUAAAACUAAAGAGAUGGAAGCCAAUCAUGUAUUUAUGGUUAACGAUUGGUUUACAUCGAAACUACAUCGCGUCAAAAUCCAAGCGGUGACCGCUAAGGGAGAGUCAGAGCCAGAGCGCAAAGAGACGCGAUCUAAAGUAGAUGAAGACCGCAAACAUGAAUAUCCUUUAAUUAAUCUUCAUAUUAUUAUUAUUAUUAUUAUUGUAAAAAAAAAACUAUUUUCCUUAACUUUUAACUUUACGAUAGAGGCGGCUAUUGUUAGGAUAAUGAAAGCUAGAAAACGAAUGUCUCACGCGAGUCUUGUGGCUGAAGUCACGGAACAGUUGAAGACACGGUUCCUUCCGAGUCCUAUUGUUAUCAAGAAACGAAUUGAAGGUCUUAUUGAACGCGAAUAUUUGGCCCGAACUCCUGAGGACAGGAAACUUUAUACAUAUGUAGCUUAACAUUGAAUAUUGGACUUUAAAUUACUUUAAUAAAUAUAAUAAUUACAAGCUGUAAGAGCCGAUUAUUUAAUAUUUAUU